AUGGUGCACCCGGCCGUAUACGUGCUUAUCCCAGUGCUGCUGGCGUGCUUCCGCAAGUACCGCGAGUACACGUGGGGUCGCUGUCGGGAUGCGUCGUCGCUGGAGGGCAAGGUGUUUCUGGUGACGGGCGCCAGCUCGGGCAUCGGGCUGGAGACUGCCAGGGCGCUGGCGCGGCGCAGGGCGCGCGUCAUUUUGGCGUGCCGCGACAUGGGGCGCGCGCAGGAGGCUGUGCGCGACAUCCGCAGCCGCGACAUCGCGCGGGAAGUAGCCCGCGGCCGCGUAUCCCCCCUCGCCGCUUCCCGCAACCCGCUGCCUCCGUGCCCUUUGCCUCACACAUACCGCAACGCACAGCUCCUGAGUCGACCCCCGCCCCCGCCCAUAUUGUUACCUCCCCCCUCCACCGACAUGGACUCACGCACCACUGCUCCCAUCCCUAUGCAAUUGGACUUGGCUUCACUGAAAUCUAUAAGACAGUUUACAGAUUCAGUUCUCAAAGAUUUCCCCAAGAUACAUGUUUUAAUCAAUAAUGCCGGAGUUUAUUUUCCUCUGAGUGCAGAACAAAAAACAACAGAUGGUUUUGAAAUUCAUUUAGGAGUAAACCAUUUGGGUCACUUUCUUCUCACCAACUUACUCCUGCCCAAACUGAAGGAAUCUGCCCCAAGCAGGGUAGUUAUUGUCACCUCUUCUCUGUAUGAGAACAGUGUGGAUAAGUUCAUCCCCACAGCUAUGCCUCCAGGCUAUUCCAGUUCAAAGUGUGCCAAUGUACUCUUCUGCAAGGAACUUGCAAAGCGAGCUGAUGGUUCUGGUGUUUCUGUGUUUGCUGUUUGCCCUGGUUUCACCUACACUCGCCUUUUUCGAAGUCGAACAUUAAGAUGGUAUCAUUACAUCUUGCUAGCACCUGUGGCAUUCAUCUUCAUGAGAACAGCUUCACAAGGAGCUCAAACAGUAUUGCACUGUGCUACAUCUGAGGAAGUUAAUGGAGAAACAGGUCUUAUCUACAGAGACUGCAGACAAUACAAACCAAAAAAAAUUCUCAAGGCAGAAGUAGCUGAAGAACUCUGGACAGUUAGUGAGAGAAUGGUUAAAUUGCCACCUUCAUAAAACUGACUUUGUGAUAUUUUGAAUGAAAAUAAUAAUUUGCAUUGCUACAGAGUGUUCAAAUUGAUUAAAGUGAUUAACAAGCUGCAUAAAUGUAAUAAGU